CACAUCAGACUUUUCCCAGUGGAGCUGGAAAACAAGCUUCAAUGAAAACUGCCUGCUUGUGGCUGUAAAGGGAUUGCAGACACCACAGCCACUACUACUUCUGCUUUUCCCUUCCUGGCCAGGAACAUAAACCCAGAAACUUCAUCAGCAGGUUGGAGAAGCUGCCUCAUUGUCUGGCAAACCUGGGAUAAUUUAUUUCUCUCUUCAGAGUCACUUCUUUUCCCUGCUGUUAUUGAGGCUUUUUUUCCUACUUCAAAGUGAAGGAAACCAGGCUAAACUUUGAAAGGGACUGAAUGAAAUACAUACUGCUUGAGAAGAAGAAUCACAUGAUUCUUGUGUAACAUCUGUGCAGCCUGAAACAAUGGUUUUGUCUAUCCCAGUUAUAGCUCUGGGUGCCACCUUGGGGACUGCAACUAGCAUCCUUGCCCUCUGCGGUCUCACCUGCUUCUGCAAAUGCAGGCGACAUAGGAAAGGACUCUUGGGAAAGGACCAAGACAUGGACACUGAAAAUGCUAAGCCCAGUAUGCUUCAGCCAGUCCAGCAGUUUUCGUUUAAGAAGACUACUGAACCCAUCCAACCUCAGACCCUCCUGAAGUUUCCCAACAUCUGGCCAAAGCCAGUCGUGACUGCCCCAGAAAUUGUUAACUAUGUGGAUUAUGCCUUGAAGACAACUGAAGAGCCAACUAGAGGAAAGAUGACAUAGGAUCAGAAUAGAAUGAAGAUACAAGUCAAUGAAGAGUUAUGUUGUCUCCCUCAAAAUGUUCCAGGUGCAGUAAAGGAUGUGUGUGUCACCGAGCACCUGAACCCUGAAGCAGCCAGCUGUAACCAGGUCCCUGAACUCUGCUAUUCCCUUGGGUAUGAUCGACAGAAAGCUGAACUGUGUGUGGCCUUUCUUGAAGCUGUGCAUGGAAGCAUGAUAGAAGACCAGGAUGCUGGCUGUGACUGCUACAUCCUGGGCACCUUGGUGAGCAAGUCUGGCACCACAGAGACCCAGACUGUGCUGAAGAAGAAAGUGCACAUCAUCUGGGAGGAAGCUCUACUGUUCCCAUUAGCCGAGGAGGAGGUGCUAGAAGGGAUGCUGACUCUCACCUUGAGGAACUGCGACAGGUUCUCUAGGCACAGCAUUGUUGGGGAAAUUAAGCUGAGCCUGGCUAAUGUGGGAGAACCCUUCAAAAUGGCACAGUGGGAGAAACUGAAGACCCCUGAGAAGGAGCCAGAUGCAGGCUAUGGGGAGAUACUCCUCUCCAUCAGCUAUCUGCCAGCAGCAAACCGCCUGCUUGUGGUGCUCAUAAAAGCCAAGAACCUCCAUUCCAAACAGCUGAAAGAUCUCCUGGGAAAAGAUGUAUCUGUCAAGGUGACCUUGAAGCACCAGUCUCUGAAACUGAAGAAGAAGCAGACAAAGCCUGCAAAACACAAGAUCAACCCAGUCUGGAAUGAGAUGAUCAUGUUUGAAGUGCCCCAUGAGCUGCUACGUGCCUCCAGCGUGGAGCUAGAAAUGCUAAGCCAAGAUGGCCUAGGGCAGAGCCAAUCACUGGGCAAGUGCAGCCUGGGUCUGCAUGCCACAGGCACAGAGAGGAACCACUGGGAGGAAAUGCUGAGGAACCCCAGGAGGCAGAUAGCCAUGUGGCACCAACUUCAUAUGUAGCCAUGCAAUCUCUGUCAUGACCAGCCAACUGCCUUUCAUACUGGGAGGUCUCUGAGUCAGGAGGAGUAAGCCAAGUUAUAUUUCAUCUUGCAGGAAUGUGAACCACACCCAUCCACAAAAUGACCAAUCACAGCAUUCUGUUAUGGACACUGCCUUUUUCGGGUUUCUUGCCACAAGGACUCUCUCAAGCUAGACCAGGCAAAGUCCUGGAGCCUACAUUGUAGGGAAGAGUCCUGAACUCUCUCAUAGGGAUGGAAUGCAUGACCCCAACAGACCUCUAACUUCUACAAGGACAAGAUUCUGACACUGAAAAGCCGCUGGUGAAAAUAAAUGGGGACUGUCAGAUAGGCUAUUGUAUGUGUUACAUUUAAAGGUGAGCUGAAAAGGGAAAAAAUGGGCUCGCGCUAUUAUUUACUGCUUUAUGAUGGAGAAAGAAGGCCUGAUUUUUAAUUAUUUAGUUAGUUCUCUGCUUAUUUUAUAUGUUCAGGUCUUAUCUACCCUGCUUUCCCUUGAAGACUCUAUAGAUGACUGGAGAGCUAGCAGGUAUACAGCAUACUUAAUCAGGUUCCCCUUCUAUGAUAAGAGGGGAAGUGAGUUUUAUUCACGGUGUUCAAACUACUUUGUCUUUUCAUGAACAUUUUUAAAUCAAACACUUGACAAACUGUUUAGAAGAAAAGCUCUCUUUGUUAAAGGUUUAACACCUCUAGCCCUUCAAUUAAUGGCAGAGAGAGAGCUCCGUUUCUGUGUCUAGCUCUGCUACAGAGAUCGCCGGCAAAACUGGGAAGCACAGAUUGAGAUUUUUAAGGUUAAUAUGUACAAGAAGAAUUUUUCUAUGAAUACAAAAUGAGAAAAGGGCACAACCCUCCUUUGUUUGUUUUUGCCACUGUAAGUCUUUUUUCAGAAACACUGGAUUUCUGAACUCCUCUUGGGAAUGUAGAGUUCAGACUCAAAACUCAGGCCUUCGCCUAUGUCAUAAUGUGGUAGCCAAGCUUCUCUAGUGGAAGCAACUGGGCUCUCUGCAUGGUUCAACCUCACCAAAUUAGAGAUGCUAAACACACACUAUCAUUUUCCCCUGGUAUAUACUUAAAAUAUGUCCCUAUUCCUGUGGAAAAAAACAAGUAAUGGAAAUAGAUGGGCCAAAAGGUUAUAACUCAGUCCCAGGUUUCUGACCUGUCAACAAAUCUUCCUCACCAAAGCCCCCAUUGAGGUGGUGGUCUCUGCAAUAGUUGUGUCCAUUUUGCAGUCAAUGUUUUCCAUAUUGCUUUAGGUGACCAUAUGGAACAAAGAUAGCAAAAAUAAACUGAUUCCUGAGAUAUGAAAAAGAGAGAAGCUACGUGAAGGGAAAAAGAAAGAGACAGUAGAACAAAGAGAAAGAUGGGGAGAGAGAGAGAGAGAGAGCAGAUUAUAUAAAAACAGUGAGAGAGGCAAAGAAGCAGAAGUAUUCUCCUGAUAGGGUACUGUACAAACCCAGCCUUUGAAGGGAGCACUUCCAAACCCUGUGUCUGGAUUCCUUCCUGUUCCUUCGUUGCUGGAGUCUUUGCUAUCUUGGAUUUAGGGUUGCUAAAAGCCAUUGAAAACAUGAAAGUUUCAAAGUCUCUUAUCCCAAAUCUGUGUGUGUAAGUAGUGUAUACCUCUUUCCUCCCAGCGUUCUUGGGGGAGCUCUCCUCUCUGUCUCUCACAUGCAGGUCAUUGACAUAAGAACAGCCAUACUGGGUCAGACCAAAGGUCCAUAUAGCUCAAUAUCUUGUCUUCCGACAGUGGCCAAUGCCAGAUGCCUCAGAGGGAAUGAACAGAACAGGAGAUCCAUCCCACAAUUCAGAAAAAUCACUGACGGCGUUCUAUCCAGUUAUUGACAAUAACUUGCCACAAAUCCUUCUACUUAUUGCUAUCCUUUCUGCUCAGAAAUAGACUAAUUUCUGAAGUGAGCAGGUGUUGGAUAUUCUGAUUAUGUUCCAGGAAGCAGAUGAGACUGAGUAACUUACAUAGGAUUGUUUCACCAAGUUUGGGUUUGAUGCUGAGGUGCCAUACUGAAACCCAAUCUUAGUUACCAGCACCGCUUAGAAGAGCAACCCAGAAGGCUGCCAGGUACUACAUCAUCUCAGGACUGAAUAACUUUCUUUUCACUGGCCACUAACUCACCAUCACCUUUCUCUUGUGCUUUUGAGAUUUGGCAUGACUUAAGUGUAUUAUUUACACUCCUUUCCAUGUCUUGGGAUACAGAAGGGGUAUCAUCAACAGAGAUGUUGCUUUGUCUCUAUGAGCUCACUGCUUGUCCUGCCACUCCAUUGCAAACAGCGGGCUCACCUUUAAGAGACUUGCCUGGGGACAAGGCAUUCAAGGGGCUAAAGAUAUAAUCAUAUUGUCCAUAGCUCUGGAAUACUUAAGAGUAGGAUACAAGACUAAAAUUACAGUGCUUUCCACUUAAUUCUAGCAAUGAUCGAUUGAUCCCCCUUUAAUUUGAGUCAAACUACAAAAACCAAAGCAUUUAUAUUAGCAAUUACCCAAUCUCCACCACAUUUAAUAAGAUUUGGUCACUUUAAACCAGUGUUAUUCACAGGUUGUUCCCUGGCCUAUAGAAGAUUGCGGCUUAAUUAAUAAGCAAGAGCCAAAAUUCUGAACAAGAUGGAGGAACAGCCCGCACAAGACUCAUGGAGAUGCUAAAAGAUGGAUUACAGUGAAAAGUUGUGUUAGCCACUCUGGUGUGCAUUCCAGUUUACACAGCAUGAUGCCUAUAUCAUCAACAGCAGUAUAAUAAGAUCAAACAUUUAUUUAAAUCAAAGUAAUAAGUUUGGACUUGAUUGGAAUAAGAGGCUGCAUGUUGGUGAAUCAUACCCUAUACAUCUUAGCUUCUGAUUAUCCCUGUUUUACACUGUUUUAUAAUUAUAAAAUUGUAAUAUACCAUGAAUUAAUAGUGUUAAUUUACAGUAAUGAUAAGACUAUAGAAUCAUUCAGGAUGUUUGAUCCCAACCUCUGCAGUAUAAUCUGGAACUUUUUUUGGUUUGUUUUAACUGUUGCAAACCGAUUUUAACAUUGUCUCCUCUAUAGUUUCCUCAGAGUGGUGUUAACCUGCCUUAUUUUGAUGAUAAGUUAUUUUUUUCAUGUUGUUAUGAUAGUUAGCUGGCACUGGAGAGCCCAAGGGGCCAGAUAUUUCUGUGGCCAGAAAUCCAGGUCAUCAAGUUACUGAUCACAAUUCAAGCAUGGUGGUACUAAUUAAACUGGUUGUUAUGGUUCAUUAUAGUGCAGAGGGGAGUGAAAUUGUGGAAAUACAGCAAAGAAUCCUGUGGCACCAUAUAGACUAACAGACGUUUUGGAGCAUGGCAUGCAUCUG